AUGGCUGAGCCGGUAUACAAUGCUUCGAUCCCCCAAGGGGGUGAUCCAAUGAAAGUCGAUGUCAACGCGCAAUAUGCAGGAUACGAGUAUAAUUAUGUGUAUAUUACCGCUUGCACUUUCAUCGUCUUCCUGAUCCUCCCUGGUAUUGCCUUCCUCUACAGUGGAUUAACUCGGCGAAAGUCCGCGCUGGCCCUCCUCUUCCAAGGCUUCAUGAUCCUUGCAGUUAUUACAUUCCAAUGGCUAUUCUGGGGGUAUUCUCUCGCGUAUUCCAGAGAUGGAGGGCCCUUCAUUGGUACAUUGCAGAAUUUUGGCUUGAUUAAUGUUAUGGUGGCGCCUUCUCCUGGUUCCGCCGUCCUCCCGGAAGUCGUUUUCUGUCUAUUCCAGCUUCUGUUCUGCGCUUGCACGGUGAUGAUCAUGGUUGGUGGCGCUUUUGAACGAGGCAACAUCAUGCCUUCUCUGAUCUUCAGCUUUUUCUGGGCAACUAUCGUCUACUGUCCCUUAGCUAGGUGGACAUGGAGCAGCAAUGGCUGGCUUUAUAAGUUUGAAGCUAUAGACUUCGCCGGUGGGGGUCCUGUCCAUAUUGCGUCGGGUUGUUCCGCUUUAGCAUAUGCGCUGGUUCUCGGAAAGCGGUUGCACCACGGAGAACCGUCGCUCCGCAAACCUCACAAUACUACAUUGGUUUUCCUCGGAACAGUUCUCAUUUGGACAGGAUGGCUCGGAUUUAAUGGUGGGUCAAGUCUUAAUGCUAGUAUGCGUGCGAUGCUUGCCGUCUUCAACACUAACACGGCAGGAUGCACGGGGAUCCUGGGAUGGGUCCUGAUUGACAUAGCCAAACACAAGGGUAAAUUUUCCGUGGUUGGGGCUUGCGAAGGCGCAAUCGCCGGUCUUGUAGGCAUCACGCCAGCUGCCGGCUGUGUUUCUCUUUGGCUCGCGGCUUGCAUUGGGUUCAUUACUGGCAUUGUAUGCUCAUUGCUCCAAAACAUCAACGACUGGCUUCGGAUCGAUGAGGGAAUGGAUGUCUUCAAGCUCCACGGGAUUGGGGGUAUGGUCGGUGCCAUUUUGACGGGACUCUUUGCUAGUGAAUCCAUUUCGGCCCUGGACGGUGUCAGCCUGGCUGGCGGAGCCAUCGAUGGCAACGGGGUUCAGGUGGGUCGGCAGCUGGCUGAGAUCUGUGCUAUCGCUGGGUAUUCUUUCACUGUGUCUUACCUCUUGCUCUUCAUCCUCAAGUAUAUACCUGGGAUGCGUCUCCGCGUGGACAAAGAAUCCGAGAUGAUGGGCCUCGACCAGGCACAGUUCUUGGAUGAGCAGAUCGGAGACUGGUCAAUCGCGCAUGUCAUGAACAGUCCGAUGCUGAUGGGGGUUUCCGCGGCGCCCGUCGAGUCUCGAGAUGAGCCGAAAGAGAAGGCAUUAGGGGCUUAA